UGAAUUAAAAUCAUAAGAUAUAGAUUGAUUCAUCUAUAAGUUGGUAAUCGAGUGGCUCUCUAGCCACAUGUCAACACAUAUCAUGAGCUCUAAACGAGCCAGCUCACGAGUUUAGCUCAACAAGCCACCGAGUCGAUCUAGCUCGCGAGCUGAACAAAGCUGAGCUCGUGUUCGGCUCAUUUAUUAACGAGUCGAGUUUCAAACGAGCUUUUUUCGAGUCGAACACCGAGCCGCUAGCGAGCAGCUCGACUCAUUUGCAGCCCUUAGUGACUGAGCAGCACUAACCACAUCCAUCCACCCUGUCGUUAGGCCACACCACAACAUUGAGUCACUUCCAAUGCCACAAACCUUCCCACUCUGCUUCCCCUCCUCCCUCCCCUGGACCAAUUCAUAAAAAGAACAAGUACUAGUCUUUCUUUUUCCAUUUUCGUGCCGGCACAAGGAAGGAGACCAACGCCUUGUAUAAAUAUUAUACACCUUCACUCCAACACAACUCCCUCCAAAGUCCAAACCCUUCCUUCCACCAUUUUCUAAACCUCAACAGAAACACCCUGCUUCUAUUCUAACCUCCCUCCCAUAAUGGAAACCAAAUCCCGGGGGUCAGACAUCCAUCUACCCCCGGGCUUUCGAUUCUACCCAACCGAUGAAGAACUCAUAGUUCAGUACUUGAACAACAGAAUUCGAUCAGCUCCUCUACCAGCUUCCAUUGUUGCCGAGAUCGACCUCUACAAGUACGACCCGUGGGACCUACCAAGCAAGGCGCUCUUUGGAGAGGACGAAUGGUACUUCUUCACACCCAGGGACAGGAAGUACCCAAACGGAGCCCGCCCCAACAGGGCAGCAGCUUCAGGCUAUUGGAAGGCAACCGGGACAGACAAGCCCAUUCUUACCUCAACUGCAAUGUCAAGCGUCGGUGUCAAGAAGGCUCUUGUCUUCUACAAAGGCCGCCCUCCUAAGGGAAUUAAGACUGACUGGAUCAUGUAUGAAUAUAGGCUGCCUGAUACUGUGGUCUCCACUGCCAGGCAAAAAGGGUCCAUGAGGUUAGACGACUGGGUCCUAUGCCGGGUUAGGCAAAAGUGUAGUAGCCCUAGGAGCCUUUGGGAAGAUCCAAGUGCUCCUCUUCAAGAACUAGCAGGGACUUUCCCAAAACAAAAUGAGCUGCUGCAAAUGAGUGCAAAUCUAUGCAAGACAAUGAAUAGCACAACUCCUAGCAUCGAAAUUGUCAACAAUAAUCAUGGGGGCAAGCCAGGGAAUACAAACAACCUUAAUAAUGAUGACAUUGUGAAAAACUACUUCACGAACCCUAAUGACGAGGCAGUGAAGCAUUACCUCUACAAGGAGUGCCCAAUGCUGCCUUACAUAUUUGCAUCUCAAGAUUUUUCCUCCUGCACCACUGAACAACCAGCAUCCAGCAUAAACUUUCAAGGCAGUGAGAAGUCAAGCAUUUCAGGUUAUGAUGAAGAUUCUUCGGAUGAUAAGAACCUGCAAUUCUCAUCAGUUACUUCGCUAGAUAACUUCUUUAACCCACUGAAGCGCAAAGAUGUUGGAAGAGAACAUCAGCAGCAGGAUUCUAGUUUUUACCUAGGCAAGAAGCCUAAAAAUGGAGAUUUCGACGAAGAUACGAUGAUAUCUAUAUGUGAGGAUACCUUCGAUAUCAACUUUUGUGGAGACGAUCAGUUUUAGAACACUAAUGAUGGUGCUCUACAGCAAACCCAUUAGGCAGAAUAUGAAUAGCUUCGUAACGUUAAGCUUCAGAGCAACCAACUAGACACCAGAGAAGGACCCACCAUGAUAAAAGGUACAUAAUUUGUAGUAAUCGGGUUUCAUCGAGUACAAAAGGAAAACUCUUUUAUGUUGAGAGUUGUUCCAGAAGAUCAUUAGCAACUACUACGCAGAAAAGUCAGGUCCUUGAAUUUCUACAAAUUUUGUAAUAGUAGAAUUUUCUGGGAUGAGCAACCAUAUCUCUAAUACUUUUACAGCCACACAGAUAUGGUAAAUAUCCAAAAGGCAAAUAAAAUAUGCGGUUGAUCUUAUCAGGCAAAUAAUAUACAGCGCAUUUCCUAGGAUCAAUUUGAACAGCAAUCCUUACAGACCUCAUCAGUCAGAAGGAAUGAAUUCAUCACAACGUCAACAUGAGUGGCCUCAGCUGGAGAAGGGUCUAAAUAUAACCGAGACAUAUGAAGAAUCACUAGAAUCUUUUCAAAAGAAAAUGUUAUAUACCUU